AUGACUUCUUUCUCUGGUUGUUUCUUUCUUGUUUCGAUGGUCGUUUCAUUACCAUUUUUAUUAGCAUCUUCUUCAACCUUGUCAACAAAAUACAUUGAUACCAUUUGCAAUAAUUCGAAGAACAAAACCUUCUGCCUUCAAACGCUGACCACGUAUCCCCCUGCGGUCUCUGAAACCAACAUGGUCAGCCUUGUCAAAAUCGUACUCGGUCUUGGACUGUCCCAUGCUGAAAAGACGACAGGUUUUGUUGCCGAAUUGGCAAAGGAGCCUACGUUUAAGAGAUAUUUAAAGGUGUGCAAUGACUCCUAUACCGGAAUAGUGUCGGAACUAAAAGUCGCGAUAGUAGAAAGCGAUGAAGAUCCAUUGAGUGCCAACUAUGACAUCAGGGUUUGUGCUGACCAAUCAAAUAUUGUGAAAUAUAAUAUCGGAAAUAACACAGACAAGUCCUCAAAGAGCCUCAUGGAGAUGACAUUCCUUAUGGAUAAAUUCAUUGAUAUAUGCGAUGGAGCCACCCGCUCAAUAUGUAGCACAAAUAUAUAA